GAGAAUAACGGCUGAUGACGCUGCAGCCUUGACGUUUGGCGCUGGUGGGCGCACUGUGGAGCGAAUUGCGCGUGUGUCAGAGGCUGAGGUCGAGCUUCUCGACAAGGACCUCGUUCUGGAGAUGAGAGGUACGGACUUGCAAAGACGCAGAGCGAAGAAGUAUGCGAACAUUAUCAUGAAGCAGCGAAUGGGCCCAAAUGUCAUCACUGAUGACUUCGAGGAUGGAGACCUCACGGUCCUGAGCGUGCCUCCGGAUGUCGUGGGUUACGUCCAGGGUCAGGGCGGCAGCGUGCUGCGCAGCAUCGAGGAGGAAUGGGGAACUCUCAUGGUCUUCAUCGACACUGACCUCUCGAAAGCACAACGCCUGGCGAUCUUUGGUAGCAUCCGGGGUCGGCGCGGCUCAGAGUUGAAAGUCCUCAGCGCAGUUGAGACGAAGAUGUCUGGCUACUUUGCCUCCGUGCGCGAGAUGAUCAUCAGCCGUGACAAGUACAAGGAUCCCACUGCCACUUGGGGAACAGACACUAUGACGUUUCGAGACGAAGGUGAGAUUUCAUAUGCUCUGGGCAAGCAGGGUGGCACCAGGAAGAAGCUGGAACGUUCAUCCGGUGCAAUUGUCCAGUAUGUGGGUAUGGUGGCAGUCGUCUCAGGCACCAAGGCAGAGCGCUGCAGGGUGCGUGAGUACAUGAAGUGGCUCUUUCAGCAGCUGGAAGGUCCCGUUUAUGUGGCCGGCUGGGAGGAUCGGGAAGACUGCACUGUUGUCGAUAUCCCCAGUGACUGCAUCGGGUACAUCACCGGCAAUCGCCGUGCUACGCUCGGCCUCAUGGAAGAGGAGUGGGGAACCCUCAUGUUCUUCAUGAGUGAGGACGGCGCACGCGGAAGCCGUGGAGGCGGCACGGAGAGGCUGGCCAUCUUCGGACCACAGCGGCCGCGUCGUGGCUCGGAGCUGAAGGUGAUGAGUGGGAUUGAAACGAAAAGUCCUGGAUUCUUCACACGAGGUAUCCGAGAAAAGCAGUCGGAAAGACGAGGCUUUGACACGGACCGCAUGCUUUUUCGUGACGAUGAGUUGAGCACCUAG